GGGCGGAGCAAACGUCUGGUAGUGUCUUCCCGCCUGCGCGUCACUGACUCUAUCACUGAUGGAUUUCAGCUAGCAAUGGAUGCUUACAUCAGCUGUGAGAGGCUUUGACAGACGGGAUUCGGCUGGUUUGGACAAAGAGUUCAGUUGGCAGAUAUGGUGAGGCACAGCAUGAUGACAGAGUUGCAAACCUUCCAGCACUCUCUCCAGGGUAACUCCCUGGCUGUGGGCCAAGUGGGGCAGAGCUGUGGGGGAACUCAGGAGAACGGGGUCGUUUCAGAGGAGAGACAGCAUCUUUCCCAGGGCCCAGCAGAAAUUGAGAAAAGCCAGCCAGUGAAUAUCCCAGAUGCAGCUAAAAGAAAGAAGAAGAAAAGAACCCGAGCGACAGACAGCUCCACGGGCACUUUUGAUGAUCUCUACAAACUCACAGACGAGGUGCUUGGUCAGGGGGCUUAUGCUAAAGUUCAAGGAUGCAUAAAUCUGCAGAAUGGGCAGGAGUUCGCUGUGAAGAUCGUAGAGAAGAGUGCCGGGCACAGUCGCAGCCGAGUCUUUCGAGAAGUGGAGACUCUCUACCAGUGUCAAGGAAACAACAACAUUUUGGAAUUGAUCCAGUUCUUUGAAGACAGCACCUGCUUUUACUUGGUAUUUGAAAAGCUGCGUGGCGGCUCCAUUCUUACACACAUCCAGAACCGGAAGUACUUUGAUGAGCUGGAGGCCAGUAAGGUGGUCCGGGACAUUGCCCAAGCUCUUGACUUCCUACACACUAAAGGCAUUGCCCACAGAGACCUUAAACUGGAGAACAUCCUUUGUGAAUACACUGAUUGGGUGUCCCCAGUAAAGAUCUGUGAUUUUGACUUGGGAAGUGGAGUGAAGCUCAGCAGCGCCUGUACGCCCAUAACGACUCCAGAGCUCACCACACCGUGUGGCUCAGCAGAGUACAUGGCUCCAGAAGUAGUGGAGGUGUUCACUGAUGAGGCCUCCUUCUACGACAAACGCUGUGACCUUUGGAGUCUCGGGGUCAUCCUGUACAUCCUGCUGAGCGGCAGCCCCCCCUUCACAGGACAUUGUGGCACCGACUGUGGCUGGGACCGGGGUGAAACCUGCAGAACCUGCCAGAGUCACCUGUUUGAGAGCAUCCAGCAGGGCAAGUAUGAAUUUCCAGCCAAGGACUGGGAUCACAUCACAGCGGGGGCCAAGGAUCUCAUCUCCAAGCUGUUGGUUCAGGAUGCAACUCUGCGCCUUAGUGCUGCUCAGGUCCUCAAACACCCUUGGGUGCAGGGGUUAUUCUGUUUUCUUGUAUUGCAGAACGCUCCAGAGAGAGGGCUUACAACUCCUCAUGUUCUACAGAGGAACAGCAGCACCAAAGACCUGACUCAGUUUGCAGCAGAAGCCAUCGCCUUUAACCGGCAGCUAUCCCAGCACGACGAGCAGCAGGAGGAUGUCGGAGUCGUCGUUUGCUCCAUGAGGCUUUCUCCUCCUUCCAACUCCAGACUGGCCCGCAGACGGGCGCAGUCCAACGCUGUGCGCUCCAGCGACUUCGCACCGGCAGCGGACGACCUCACAGCCUGAAGGACCAGUACAAGUCCCCUCGUCGUGUUUCCUGACUGAUUUGUUGUGUGUGUGUGUGUGUGUGUGUGGGGCGUGUGUUUUCACCGGGAGCCUUGUAGCAUCAACCACACAGUGUCAGACGAGACUAACUGUUCUCGGUGUUGAAGCUCUUUCUCAUGGCCAGUAAUCUCCUCACCCAGACAGAGUUUGAGCACCGUGGGGACAGUUAAUCGCCGGCUGCAACCUCCUAAUUGAAAACAGUUGAAACUCUUGAGAUUUGUCCCCGGAAACGUUUUAAGCUGCCUGCGUUUUCAUUUUGAGAAUAGCUUUGGGUUUACAUCCACAGUCUUAACAGAGUUAUUUAUUUUCUAUUAAAGGAUGAAAAACAUUCACGACGAGCCCACUACAGCAGCUUAAUACCAGCAGUUUGUAUUUAAAUAUCUAAUCGGUACAUAUCAACACAGCAUUACACACUCGCAGCUGUGUCUGUCCUAAUGCAAUAUUAGAUAGAUUUUUAUUUUUAUCGUUGUCAAACUGAAUUGGUUAAUAUGUUAUGUAAAUGCUUCUCAGUCACUGGAGGAAAGAGAUGAGUUAUCGUUCAUGGAAGCUUUUUUUUUUGUUUGUUUUCAAGCAUGUCAGUGUUUGGGUUAGAUAGAAUGUGCAUAGAUUUGAUGUAUGUGGUUUAAAUGAUGAAGUAUGUGGUUUAAAUGAGGAAGAAUUGACACUUAGAGGAGACUGUCCAUCUCUGGACGCAGGACUUACAGAAGGUGCAGUCACGUGAAUGGAUGUUGAAGUUAGAGAAGAGCCUUCGAACUAAAUAGCGCUUUUUGUUCUCUUAUCAUUUCUAGCUUCCACUUCAACACAAACUACCUGUAGCACUGAUGUACUUUAAAACAAGUCACUUAUGUAGUUUAUCCCAAAGGGAAAGUAUUAUAUCUUAAAUAAGCAGUUUGGUCUAACAAUGUGAAAUCGGCACUUACAGUAAUAUUUAUCUUUUUAAAGGGUUUUAACAGCUUUUCAUUGGAGUCCAACGUGACCUCAGGCUCUUUGUACUGUACCAACGUAACGCCAUCCCUCAUCGUCUUAUUGAUUUAACAUCGCAGAGUGUUUUUAAUUCAUUAAAUUGUGAGAUUUCCACUUGUUUUAGUCGUGCGUAGCUGAUUAGACUUGCACGUAGUAGUGAGAUGGAGGAUUUAAAGGGAUUUAUUUUGAGGUGUUUGUGUAUCGUUGUUGGUUCUGUGACUGGACGAACACGAUGAGACUUUAAGGGUUUUGAGUCCAUCGAGUUUCUGAUAUUUACUUUUGAGCCUUUAAGCUGUUACUUUGUUUCUCAUUAUGUAACUCAUCUAUGUUUGAAUGGGGUUCUCAGUGGCAGUGUAUCACCCCUGUAUCCCCCGCCCCCCCGCCCUAUUAACUUUAUGUAUUACCCGCUAAACGACACGUCCCCUGAUUCAACAUUGUUGCCAUGGACACCCCAUCCCUAUAGCAACAAAGGUCCUUUGGCAGGCAGGAAUUGGCAGAGAUUUGCUCGUACACAUUAAACACCCACUUGCUAUAUUAAAGCCCUCUCCCUCCCUCCCAUUAUGAAUCAUUAAAGGACUUGUUUGUUUUCCCUCAUCAACAUGUAAUGGCAUCAAAUGAGAUCCAGUAAUUGGCGUGCAAUUAUGGAGUCCCAUUGAAAUUUGUCAAAGGUCUUCUGCAUAAAUCUCUCUGUGGAGCAUAUUCUCACUGUGUUCUCAAUAAAAUAAAAAAAAGUGUAAACUA